UGUGCAGAUGUAUUUGACGAGAAUGAUCCGAAGUGAAAUGGUUCCUUGUAUAUUAGUACACUCUUCCUAGAAAGGAGCGAGUGAAAAUGUUUGAUUUUUAGGCUAAAAAAGCCUUUUUCAACCGUUAAGUGAAGUUUGUGGCCUUUGUUAGCUUAUAAGUGCGUUCAGGCUUCUGUAUACGUUCAAAAAGAAGAUGAAUAAGAUUCCGAACUGGGAUGACCGGGUGUCUAUGUGGGUAUAAUGGCGUUCAGUUCUGGUUCACAAACUUAAAACCACAAGUGCGAAUUUCAAAUGAUUUUUCUCUUCUGGAUAUCUGUAAUUCACCUUGAGCAGUGUAACGUUUUUUGGAUAAUCAAGCUUCUGUAGGAAAUCUCCAAGUAGACUAACGUCGAGUUUGAGUUCUGUGAUACAAUUAAUGAUGUGAUAUCAAACUCUAAACAAGAGUGGAUAUUUCCUAAAGUAAACUUCUGUUCAUGUGUUUCUGGACUAGACUUAUCUUAUUUGAAAUAGACAUACCAUUUUUAUAACGGUGGUGCCAUGGAAAAGAGCGAACAAAAUAAGAAGAAUUCAAAACGCCAUGGUGUAAACGAGGGUCAUCAAGCCAGGUACAAUGUGAACUCUACCAGUUCAGGCGUCGUUAUGGUCGGCCCAAACUUUAGGGUCGGAAAGAAGAUAGGUUGUGGCAAUUUCGGAGAACUGAGACUAGGAAAAAAUUUGUAUAAUAAUGAACAUGUAGCUAUUAAAUUGGAACAGAUGAAAUCCAAAGCGCCUCAGCUGCAUUUAGAGUAUAGGUUCUACAAACUGUUAGGCAGUCACGAGGGCAUUCCUGAGGUUUAUUACUUCGGGCCUUGUGGUAAAAAUAACGCCCUUGUUAUGGAACUAUUAGGUCCUAGUUUGGAGGAUCUAUUUGAUCUCUGUGACCGUAAAUUCUCCUUGAAGACUGUUUUAAUGAUAGCGGUUCAAUUGCUCCAUCGUAUAGAAUAUGUUCAUAGUCGACAUUUGAUCUAUCGAGAUGUUAAACCCGAAAAUUUUUUAAUUGGCAGAAGCAGUACCAAGAGAGAAAAAGUUAUUCACAUAAUAGAUUUUGGUUUAGCGAAGGAAUAUAUUGAACUGGAAACAAAUAAACACAUUCCAUAUCGGGAACAUAAAUCUUUGACUGGAACUGCCCGUUACAUGUCUAUCAACACACAUCUAGGGAAAGAACAAUCCAGAAGGGAUGAUUUGGAGGCUCUUGGACAUAUGUUCAUGUAUUUCUUACGAGGCUCCUUACCUUGGCAGGGUCUGAAGGCAAAUACCCUUAAGGAACGCUACCAAAAGAUAGGCGAUACAAAACGUUCUACUACAGUUGAACAAUUGUGUGAAGGCCACCCUGAGGAAAUGGCAACAUACUUGAGAUACGUCCGUCGUUUGGACUUUUUUGAAACGCCUGAUUAUGAAUAUUUGCGUGGCCUUUUUCUGAACUUAAUGAGCCGUAAGGGCUACGUUGACGAUGGGGAAUUUGACUGGUCUGACAAGACUACAAGUACACCAGUUGGAUCAUUGCAAACUCAUGAUGUAGUUGUAUCUCCUAAUAGAGAAAGACAUGGAGUCCCCAAGACAACUGGUAAAACUAGUGCCUGGCCAGAGGCUUCAAAACAAAGCACCCUUGGAAAUUUGACCCCAGCAGACCGGCAUGGAUCUGUUCAAGUUGUUAGUUCUACUAAUGGGGAGUUAAAUAAUGAUGAUCCAACAGCCGGACAUAGCAAUACUCCUAUCACUCAACCCCAAGAGGUCGAACUUAUGGAUGAAACAAAGUGUUGCUGUUUCUUUAAAAGGAAGAAGAAGAAAGGAGUCCGCACCAAAUGACUGCAGUAUAGUGAAACGGACCAACAUCUUACUCUGCUGCCAUGUGGCCACAGUGGGGGCACCCUAAACUAAUCGCUCGGCAGCACAUAUUGUACUAUCUAGCUAAUAUAGAUUAGCCUUACCUUUUUUAAGUAUGUUAAGUCGUACCAUAUCUGUACAGAAUGUCUGCAUAGAAGCCUUACUCAUUGAUCAGUUCUGAAUUUUCUUGCUAAGUUUAUUUAUCGUCCAGAUGCUUGUCGUCAUUAUUUAUUUUACUUUACCAAAUAUUAAUAUGACUUAGAGUAGAGUGUUCUAGCAAUGUUGCUUUUAAUUUGAAUUUUUUGUUCUGAGUAAGGCAGAGAAAAGUUCAUGGCAUGAGGUUUUUUGAUUCCUGCAAAGAAGUUGCUCGAAAUUAUCUGUUACUUUCUGUUGUCGCAUGACAAAAUUGAUUUCUCAAUAGCUAAGAAAUUGGCCUCUGUUGUUUCCUCCUCAAGCUGAACUUUCUGUUCACCAGGGUCUGCUUAUUCCUCCCUACUUUUUUCUGUUGCUUUCUGUUCUCUUGUAUGAAUUCUUCAAAAUGCUGCUUCUUGAAUUUACAUAUUUGAUUGUACUUUUCCAAAAUGAUAUUGUGUUGAUCUUGUUGAAUAAAAUAUUAACUUAUAAAAUGUACAGUUUUGCAAAAUACCUAUUUGAUAAAAAAAACGAAUUAUGAACAUUCUGGAUUAUAUUUUAAAACAUGACUUUAUUUAGUUGUCUGCAUGACGCAUGUGCUUGAAGCAGUUUUUUCUAUCUAUAGAAUGUUUUGAGAACUACUUGGAAUCUAAUGCCGGAAAAUUUAGUCGAGCUCAAAAAGAAAAUAUAUGAGAUGCCUUUAAACUGUCUGGUCUGCAUGUAUUUGUUUGGGCAGUCCUUCUUCUUUCUUCUAUUGAAGUUUGAGUGGAGGCAGGAAAGGCAUACGGUUAGAUUUCCUCUUCAAGGGAUAUCCAUUGUCUUACUUGCCUUCACUUAUCUUUUGAUUUGACGUAAUUUUGUGAUUUAUUUGUUGUAUAAAUUUUGCUUUGUUGAUCUCAAGUGAAGGUUGAACGAUUGCUUUAUGUCCAUAUUUGAACAAAGAAAUGCCAAUGGGAAUUUGGAGUGUUCUUCCGGUACUUGUAAUGUCAAACUAUUUUGUUAUUUAUUCAGUAUCUUUUCUAGGCUAAGAAACAGCAACUCUCAGACUCAGAGUGAAAUUAACUAUUGUUGAAUUAGUCUGCCAGUAGCUGGAUCUAAGUCAACUUGUUGCUUCUUCAGAAAAUUUAUUUGCGGAAACAAAACUAUUUUCAUUGAACUAUUCUUGAAAAUUGAGAGUCUGCAUAGAUUGAAUUCCAGCUCUCUUUUGGUUAGUCGUUUCUUUCUACUAUUUUUGUCCUCUGACCAGAAUUGAGUACCAACUCAAACAAACUACUUAUAUGCCUGUGAAGUGGGUAAAUUUAUUCUAAAUCUAUUUUAAUGGCUAUCACAAAUAUAGUAUGUUGUAUGACAGUGUUUCUUAUUUUUCAACCCUUUCAAUUGUAUAUCUGGCAGACUCGGCUUUUUUUGUAAAUAUAGGAAUUCUAGCAGCAAUAUUAUUACAUGCGUCAUACACUUUUAGAUGUAUAUAAGUACUUCCUUAAUAGUGAAUUUUUAUCUUCCUACAAUUUUGCAACUUAAAUUUAUUGUAACAUUGUAUAAAUUGUUGAACCCAAAUUAAUAUAAUAAAAACUGCUAUUUA